AUGGAAACCUGUCCAACACCCUGUGUGCCACAGUCGCACAUUUAUGCGGACAUAGAUUUCAAUGUUCGUUCCCUGUUGUUGAUUUUGAGUGGUAUGUCAACGACUGAAGAAGGCGACAUCCUAGAACUAGAAGAUAUUUAUCAGUUGAGAGAAGACCUUGAGGUUCUGAUACGGAACGUAUCGUAUUAUCAUCCGAGAAUACAGGAACUCCAUGAGAGGAUUUUGUCGUUGAAAACAACGGUUGAUCAAUUUACAAAACAAGAAAUCAGUAUAGAAGAAAGGGUCAGAUCUCAAUAUCAGCUGCACUGGGAUGAAACGAAAGACAAAUUCACGGAUGUGUCAAAAGUUUGCAGCAAAGAGCGGGAACGAAUCGAAGAACUUGAGAAGAAUGAAAUCAGAUAUAAAAGUGCAUUGGAAAAUAAAAAUAUCAGAAUAAAGUCACUAGAAGAAAAGGUUGCCACCCUGUCAGAGAGCAAUGAAAAAUUAUCGUCCACAGUUAGCCAAAUGAGAGAGACCAUCGGAAUGAGGAUGUAUGAUGAGUGGGUAUUUGACAAAACAAGAAUUCAACAGUAUUGGGACGCACAGAUCAUGCAGACAACAAAUAUCAUAAGGAAUAUCUACAACAUUCGACUUGAGGCAGAACGGCGAUACCUUGCACAACAGUAUCAAAUGAAAAUGAACAAAUCGGAAACAGAGAUACAGAAGUUCAAGAAAAGUUAUAAAGCACAACUGAUACAAUUGCAAGAAAAGGUUGCAAAAGUUCAAGAAUUAUGGAAGAAAAUGGAAUCUAAUUGCUCAUCUUCGAAUAAUCGACAAAGAUGCACGAGACUGAGGGGAGAAUUUCGCAUCAUGGUUGACAUCGUUGUCACAAAACUUGCAGAUCUAAGUGAAUCCAGCAUGUUAUAUGCUGGCAGUAGAGAAAUAAGCCAUGAAAAGGAGAGUUUUGAAAAAGAAAGUUUGAGAACCAAAACAAGCACAAACGAAGAGUUUUACAUGAAAAAUGUCGAGUUUGAGGAGACUGGAUCACUUGAUUAA